AUGUCUUCAACUCCUUGUGUUGCUAGCGCUAGUGAUGCUGAUGUUAGGAAUGCUGAUUUGUCAUAUUAUGGCAAACUCGAAGAUAUUAUAGAACUAAACUACAAUGGCCAAUUUCGGGUUACUUUAUUCAAAUGUAAAUGGGCUGACACCACUAGAGAACGGGGCUGUAGAAAGGAUAAUUGGGGUUUUACUUUUGUUAAUUUUUCACGAGUAAUACACAGUGGUGACCGAGAGGAGGAUGAUCCAUAUAUUGAAGCCUCACAAGCUCGAAUGGUGUAUUUUGUCAAUGAUGAAGUGAAUAAAGAUUGGAGUGUUGUCGUGCAUUUGAAGCCAAGAGAUUCAUAUGAUAUGGGGGGAAUGAAGAUGAUGAAGCAUGCGAGAAUGAGCCAUGAUAUGCCAAAGCAAAAGAGGUACAAGAAUCUACUUAAAGCAGCAGCUGCUAAUUCUUCACAAGACAAGUCAGUAGCAGCUGCCAAUUCUUCACAAGACAAGUCAAAUGCAUCACAAGUCAAGUCCGUAGCAGCUACAAAUUUCUCUCAGGACAAGUCGGCAACAGCUGCAAAUUCCUCUCGGGACAAGUCGGUAGCAGCUGCAAAUUCCUCCCGGGACAAGUCAGCAGCUGCAAGUUCCUCCCGGGACAAGUCAGCAACUUCAAAUUCUUCUGAGCCAUCAUCAGUUGCUCCAACUAUAUCUGAGCAUCCAUCCGAACCUAAACGUAAACGUGGGCGUGAAUCUAAGCAUUACUGGACAGUUGAUGCCAUAGAUGAAUAUAAAAAUAGUACACGCCUUCAUUUAUUAGUGAAGGAUGUGCAUAAUUUGCCAGAAGGUUUGCGCAUAGUUGUCAAUUUUGAUAGACAACAUGCAGCAAUAGGAGAAGCAGCCGGACUCCUUGCAGGAAUUUGUGGGCAAUUGGCCACUGAUUGUGCUCGAUUUUGCUUCAAAGUGUGUGAUAGCUUGGCCAAACGAUUUCUGCUCCAAUCGCUUGGCAAAAAAUGGAGGGAACAUAGGAUAAAGCUUUGGAAUGAGUUUUAUGAUCCGAGGUUGAGUAAAACCGAGAUCAUAAAUAAUACACCAGAAGAUAUUGCUCUUGAUCAAUGGGCUUUAUUCUUAGAAUAUCGUUUGAAGCCUGAAACUCAGAAUCUUUGUAAGAGGAAUCAGGAAAUUCGGCAAAAACAAAUAAUUCCUCAUACUUCAGGUGCUAAAUCAAUUGCAAGAAGAAGGGCUGAAUUGACAGAAGAGACGGGAAAAGAAGUUAGUAGAGUUCAAAUGUGGGAUAUCACUCACAAGAAAAUAGAUGGAAGUUAUGUUAAUGAAAAGGCUAAAGAAAUAGCGGAGAAGAUUGAAGUAUAUAGCAGUCAACAAGUGGUGGAAUCAACUGUUAAUUCUCCUCUUGAUGCACUUGGAGUAGUUCUUGGGAAAGAGUACCCUGGUCGUGUUCGAGGUUUAGGCAUGGGAGCUGUUCCAACUGUUGCUUUCAAGAACAACACCACAAGAAUUAGUCAGAUGAACUUAGGUUCUUCAAAUGAUGCUGGCACAUCAUCUACUUGUGGUCCCAGUGUGCAAGAAGAAUUGGAUACUGUUAAAGCGCAGUUGCAAGCAUUAGUCUCCUACAUUGCUUCUAAGGAAUGA